GUUUGAGAGCUUCACCCGAGCUCCAAGACACAGCUUCCACCCACCUCACCAACCACUUGCCGUCAUUCUUAAUCUCGUCCCUCUUCUGGAUUCGCUUCUAUAUUGAACCUCUCCUCGCUGAAGCCUCUUUUCUUACUUCCUACUGCGGAGAUAAUCCAAGAUGUUCAUCGCGCGAUCGGAAUAUGACCGUGGAAUCAACACCUUCUCCCCCGAAGGGCGUCUGUUCCAGGUCGAAUACUCGCUUGAAGCUAUCAAACUGGGAUCGACAGCGAUCGGUGUAGCUACCUCGGAAGGUGUCAUUCUAGGAGUGGAGAAGCGUGUCACAUCUACGCUUCUCGAAGCGUCGUCCGUCGAAAAGAUUGUCGAAAUUGAUCAGCACAUCGGAUGUGCCAUGUCCGGUUUGCAGGCCGAUGCCCGGUCCCUGGUCGAGCACGCCCGCGUUGAAUGCCAGAACCAUGCCUUUCACUAUGCAGAGCCUCUGAGAGUAGAGAGCACGACCCAGGCGAUCUGCGACCUUGCACUGCGAUUCGGCGAGACCGGUGAUGAUGAUGAAAGUGUCAUGAGCAGGCCUUUUGGUGUUGCCCUAUUAAUCGCGGGUUAUGAUGAGGAUGGGCCGCAACUGUAUCACGCCGAGCCAUCCGGCACAUUUUACAGAUAUGAUGCAAAGGCCAUCGGGUCCGGAAGCGAAGGUGCGCAGGCGGAAUUACAGAAUGAAUACCAUCGUUCCUUGACACUGCCCGAGGCCGAGACACUGGUAUUGAAAACGCUGAAACAGGUCAUGGAGGAGAAGUUGGAUGCGAAGAAUGUCCAGCUGGCUAGCGUUACUAAAGAGAAGGGCUUUCAUAUCUACAAUGACGAGGAGAUGGGCCGGGCUGUUGCGCAAUUGGGCGGUAAUCAAUGAGUAAGGAUUUAAUGGACGUAUGUUGAGAUUCCGCCUACAUAUAUCAGGAAAACUUACGACGUCCGCCGUGGACCGGUGUCUGUUUGACAUCUGAUAGAAGAGCAAUGACAUAAACAUUCUGCG